GAGGCUCGGAACCCGACGUCAUGGCGCAGCCAAAUUUUUGUUGCUUUGUGGAAUUCAAUGUACCAACACCAGCUUCACCUCAGCUUCAUUCUAGCUCCCACACCCCUUCUUCUAAGCAUGAGGAAAUCUCCGCUGGGACAAUAAGACAAUCCCACCCCAUCCCUCUACUUGCCAUACCCUAAUACGCGCGCGUAUACCGCUUCUUCACGCGCCUCAACUCGCACAAAUGCGGCGGAUACCACUCCCCAACGCUCUUCCACGACGGAGCACUGUGCCCUCGCGCCGCCAUCUCACGAGCUCUCCUCACUCGCGUCUCCGCCAUGAGAAGCACGAGCACGACGACAUCGUGGACCUGGCGUUCCACCGCCACAACCCGCCCGACAAGACGAGCACCAAGGGUCCUGGACCCAUCAUCAUCAUGCACGGGCUGUUCGGGUCGCAGCGCAACAAUCGGACUCUGAGUAAAGCCUUAGCCAAAGAUCUCUCCCGGCCCGUCUACACGAUCGAUCUCCGCAACCAUGGCGACUCGCCUCACUCGCCCGUGCACACGUACACGGCGAUGGCGCGGGACGUGGAGCACUUCCUGGACACCCACAAGAUCCCGUCGCCGACUCUGGUCGGGCACUCGAUGGGCGCCAAGGUGGCCAUGACGCUCGCGCUCCGCCAGCCGGAGAGGUACUCGGCGCUGGUGCCGGUGGACAAUGCGCCCGUGGACGCCGCGCUGCGGGGCGACUUUGGCAAGUACCUGGACGCGAUGCGGGAGAUUGACGAGCUGCGGCCGCGGCUCAAGAGGCAGAGCGAGGCGGACAAGAUCCUGGCCAAGUACGAGCCGGACCUGGCCAUCCGCCAGUUCCUCCUGACGAACCUCGUCAAGGUGGCCGCCCACGCCGCGCCGGGGGCCGGCGGAUCGCACGAGCGCAAAUCGCACGGCCCUUCUUCGCCCGGGCAUCAGCCGCACUACGGGGCGCGGAGGGAAAGGCACGACACGGAGCUGAGGUUCCGGAUCCCGCUGCACACGCUCGCAAAGGCCCUGCCCGACCUGGCCGACUUCCCCUUCAAGGACCCCGACACGCACCAGUACAAGGGCCCCACGCUGGUGGUCCGGGGCACCAAGAGCCACUACGUGGCGGACGAGACGCUGCCCGUGAUCGGCCGGUUCUUCCCCAGGUUCGAGCUGCUGGACCUUGACUGCGGGCACUGGGUCAUGAGCGAGAAGUUUGACGAGUUCCGGCGGGCGCUCGUCGAGUGGGUCGACCGCGUCGUGGACGAGACGUAGCAAGCCCAGCCGCUCUCUGGGCGUGCAGAUGCCCGUUUUUCAAAGGUGGAAGAAAAAAAGGGGGAAAUAAAGGAAGAAUGAUUCAGGGGCCCAGUCAUUCCAACGACCACGACGAGCUGGCUAUUCCUGUGUGGUAUCCAAGAGCCUCAAGGCGCCUAGUGAAGCGGCAGAACCGGGAAAGACAUGCACAAGGGCAAGUUGACCGGUCCCAAAGAAACAGAUCGAGUCUCUUAGUGUCCAUCACUGUACCAACACCAGAAAUAUAGAUUCAACAUAGAACCUACCAGCAUGGUGAAACCAGAGGGACAAAAGGACUGGAACGAAGCUCGACAUGAUAGCCUUGCUCUCCCCCUUCUCCCGUACCGUGUACGAUUGAUGUUGUGUCAGAAAGGUUUGAUGAAUUCUUGUUUUCCAGUGCGAUAUCAAGG